UUUAAGUUUCGAGUUCCAAAGCCGCAGUCAACAACUUCGGAAACAUGAAGGUUUUGGUCGUCCUCUGUUUCCUGCUCUGCUCGGCCUCAGCAGAGGCCACGAUCUUCGCCUCUGUCCGUGACACCGACGGCCGGAGCCUGCGCCCGGGCCACGAAUACUACAUCCUCCCCCUCUUCCGCGGCCGCGGCGGCGGCCUCACUCUCGCAGCCAACAGCAACGAAAGUUCCUUCGCAUGCCCGCUCGCAGUGGCUCAAGCGCGCUCGGAGGUCGACUCCGGCCUCCCGGUGAUCUUUUCGCCGGCGCCCGAGGGCAGCGAGUUCGUGAAGAUGUCGACUGACCUCAACGUGAGGUUCUCCGCGGCGACCAUCUGCGUGCAGUCGACGGUGUGGCAGCUCGGCGACGUGGACGCGUCCACCGGGCGGCGGUACGUAAUUUCCGGCGGCGUCGAGGGAAACCCCAGCGCUGGGACGGCUAGCAACUGGUUCAAGAUCGAGAGGUAUGGGGAGAGGGACUACAAGUUGGUGCAUUGCCCGAGCGUGUGCCAGGUCUGCAAGGUGGUGUGCGGGGAUGUGGGUGUGUUUGUGGAGGGAGGAAAGAGGUGGUUGGGGCUGGACGGCGACCCAUUUCCGGUCAUCUUCAAGAAUGCACAUGCAGGAACUGGAAACUAGCUCACUUCAGCGGUCGUCCUCCUACCUGUUUCAUCAAUCAAUUAGAUAAUAAGCUAUGUAGUAAACAUGUGGAUUUUCCUUGUAUCGCGCACUAUUAAUGUUCAAAAUAUUUUACUUCAGUAAUUAUGUUCAA